CCAGAAUCUCCCCUUCUCGUCAGGAGAUUCUAACAACAGAUGCUGUAUCGCCUCGAUGAUCCGCUUCAUCGCGUUGCCCCAGGCUUUGCGACCCUCCCGUCUGACACGGCUCGAGGCACUUGCCGUCUGGUGAAUACGAGCCAGGAUCGAUCUCACGACUUGCUUGUAAGUGCACAGGUACCAUACACACAGGUGUGCGGCCUUUACCUUGAACAUCUCCAAAAGAACUACAUGUGUUCUCGGCGUAGCCGUCCAUGAAAGCAUAAUUGUACAGGCUUGAUAUCGACCUUCUCCCCCAAUCAGCCAGCCACCAGAAGCCGCGUUACUGCUGCAAAGCAUGGCGCGGGUUACUAUAGUGGCUGAUCGCCGAAGGGUUCAAACACUUUGCACAUCUACUGACUUGCAGUCUCCGGAUGAUCACCAAUUCGCCCGCAUUCCCAGAUUUGCGAGCCAACGAGGCUUAGCUGAUGUCCUGAUCGGGCUUUAGAGGCGUCCAACUGGCCCGGCGCCAGAGAGGAGAACAUCGACUUGCGCUAUCAGACACUGUCAGAAUCUGACUAUUCAGACGCAAUGCUUGUGAUUUUGGCCAUGCAGCUAAGUCUGCUGCCGUGGGGACAACAAAUACGGCGUUCCCUUGUCUGCGCAUUUUCGAUCAAGUUUAGACACUGCACCAUGGGCAUGGCCUUCCUCGACUCGACUGGCCCCAAUGGGACGAGGACCUCUGGGAUAUAAACAGGAUUGCCGCCCACUCUUGGGCAUCUCCAGGUAAAGAUCAAAGCAUCUGUAACAUCCAUUUCGUUUCUGAUCCGGGCCGCCAAAUGGCCAUCUCAAAGAACAAUGUCUAUCGUCUCCUGGGCUACACAGACCCUUUCGACAAGAACCAUACUUUUGUCUCCUCCUGGGCUCUUCACCCAGUCAUCCACGGCUGUCUGCGCGUGCUGCUCGGCCUCUAUGUCUUCACCGCCAUCAUCUACUCCUACAUCUGGUUCUCCGGCAACAUCGACAUCUACCACCUGCAUGACGUUGAUGAGCCUACCUACACGACCGUGAUCGGCUCCUCCGCAAUCGGUCGGUCCUUUUCCUACUUCACAUACCUCUCCUACUAUGGCCAAGGGUUCUAUUUCUUGGUCACUGCGGCACACGGCUUCUUCUACGCGAAAACGGGGACGAGCUGGCUGCACGCCCGGUUCCCGCCGUCCUUGCAGGUCCUGCACAGCCUGUACUACAGCAUGGUGACGUGCUUUCCGAUCCUCGUCACCCUCACCUUCUGGUGCACCAUGUACGUCGGGCCGUGGUACACGGUGACCUUCGAUGCCUGGGCCAAUAUCUCCGUGCACGCCCUGAACACGUUCAUGGCGUUGCUCGAGAUCACCCUCCCCACCACCGAGCCCUUGCCCUGGACGCACUUGCCCUUCCUCAUGACCAUCCUGUCGCUGUACCUCGGGCUGGCGUACCUGACCCGCGCAACGGGCGGGUUCUGGGUGUACGAAUGGCUGGACCCGGAGCUGGGCAAGUGGAAGGUCGUGGUGCAUGUCAUAUGCUACUCGGUCGCCAUUGUCGUCAUUUUUGUCUUUGUGAGGUAUGCCAUCUGGACCAGGAACUGGCUCCUCAGGCGGUGGACGCGGGGACGGCUCGGGCCUGCUGGCGAUCGUGCAGAGAAGGUCAUGGGCAUGGCGGACUCUUCGCGUUCCAGCAGGACCUUGGUGGCUGAUCCCGAAAUACAGGUCCCGACAGAGGGAUUAUGGGUGCCGCCAAAGCCCCACUGGACACCACGGGUAGGCAAGCGUGUAGAUCUAUAAGUUUCUGCGGUCUAUAUGUAUUUUCACAUGGAUGAUAUGUUACAAAGCUUGUCUAGGUAGAUGGAGUUCUUAUGUACUACGGUAGAUACGGG